AUGCCAUGUUAUUUUGCCAUCAUAGGGGCGAAGGAUAAUCCUAUUUACGAAGCUGAGUUUACCAAUCCUCAACUAAACCAGUUUCCACCAGAAUUGAAAGAGCUGAACCCAUUCAUCCUCCAUGCUUCACUAGACAUCUUAGAAGACCUACAGUGGCAAGCUCACCCGCAGUCUGGCGCUAGCACAGGAACCAGCGGUGGCUUCUUGCGCUCCAGAAGCUCUGCGAAUAAUAGCAACUGCUAUUUGGGCAAAAUUGAUCACUUCUACGGACUAGCAAUUACAGGGUAUUUAUCCUACGGCAACAUGAAAUUUGUAAUGAUUCAUAGCGGCAAUACUAACUCCGGGCUACCAGUUACAAUAGAAGACGGUCCCGUCAAAAGUUUUUACCAAGAAGUCCACGAGCUUUACAUCAAGACUCUGAUGAACCCGUUUUACAAGCUGAAUGAGCCUAUUACCAGUCCUGUAUUCGACAGUAAAGUGCGAACACUGGCUAAGAGGUACCUAACAAAAUAG